CUGGUACAGGCCUUCUUGGUACCCUUUGCGUCGUUUUCAUUGGUCAGGAUCCUUUUCCUCGCGCCUCAACGUGACAUCACAUCCACCCGACCCACAGGAAAGCAACAUAGAUUACAGAUGAUGCUGGACACCUCAGAGGACGCGCACACUUUUACGCUUUUACGCACAAUCACCCGCUGACCGCUCUUUAGCGCUUAGAGGCACACAAAUAAAGGAUAUCAGCGCGUGCGGUUUAGAGAGUUUUGCUUGUUGAAAAGUAGGAGAAGGAUUGCGCAUGGAUUUUUUUUUUUUGUGAAUGAAUAUGAGUCGUGCGUAAAAAUCUGUUGAUCGCAUUUAAGAGAAGAGCUGUCAUUCUCCCACCUGUUGGCAGGUGGUAUUGGCUUUGCCUGCGGACAUCUACUAUGACAUUGGGUUUGGAAAUCAUGGAGGAUAUUGUUAUCGACGUAGUAGGGGAAGGACUCAAAGACAGCGAAGAGGAGCAGCUCUUACCUUUGGAUGAGUCGCGCAGCACCGAGACUUCCAGCAGCCAGAGUAAAGACCGGGACACGUACAGCCCCGACCCAGCGUGUCCUUCUCCUGCUAAAGGCAAAGGUCCCGCGUCGGUGAAGCCUCCAUACUCAUACAUCGCUCUGAUCACGAUGGCCAUACUGCAGAGUCCGAAGAAGCGGCUCACCCUCAGCGAGAUAUGUGACUUUAUCAGCCAACGCUUCCCGUAUUACAAGGAGAAAUUCCCCGCCUGGCAGAACUCUAUCAGACACAAUCUGUCCCUGAAUGACUGCUUUAUAAAGAUGCCCAGAGAGCCAGGGAACCCCGGAAAGGGCAACUACUGGACGCUGGAUCCAAACUCCUCGGACAUGUUUGAGAACGGGAGUUUUCUGCGGCGGAGGAAGCGCUUCAAGCGGCAGCAUUUCCGCUUCGAUCCCCUGAAGGAGCAACACCUGGAGCCCAGUGGACUGCACGGCUUCCCGCACGGCGCAUACGGGUUUGGCGCGGCUGCUCUGCAGCUGCCCAGUCUGGAGAUUUACCCCUACCUCCAUCACCACCCCGCCACCAUCCCACCUGUCAGCAGCAUCCUGCCGGCUCUCUCCAGCUUCUUCACCCGCAGCGCACUCACAGCCAAGGCUUUCCUGCAGGCGCAGCCCGGUUUAGAAGCCUUCUCCCCGGCUCAGUGCACCGCGUACUCCUCUCCUCUGACCUCCAGCGCUGCCUACGCGUCCCCUGCGCUCUUCCACCACGCGGUGUCCCCGCACUUCCUCAGUUUACACCAGGAGUAUCAGAAACUACAGACUCAGCGUGGCACCGUGGACCUGGCCAAACACAUCAACAUUGUUAACAAUGAAUAACCAGCGCCCCAGAAUUUGAACUUUUUCUCAGGUAACAGAGACGUUUAAAGCAGAAUUUCUCCAGCGUUGAUGAAU